UUAACUUCCUGUUUCUACUGAGACGUUUCACCUGACCAAAGGUUGUGUGGUUAUUGUGUAGAUGUUGUGUAGAGUGUUAUUACAUUAUUAUUACAUGUAGUUUUAAGGAUGCUGUUCAGUUUCUGUGUUAUUGCCGAAGGACCCUUCAGCACACAGAUGGGGACGAAUGAGAAUCGAACCACCGACCUUUCGCCACAGCCGCUUUGUAUUGAGGUUGUGUAGAUGUUGUGUAAAAGUUGUGUAGAGGUUGUGUGACUAUAUCUAUAUGUACUAAUAUCCGCGGAGGAUCCUGGGUAAUAAGAUAAGAUAGAUAAGAUAAAUUUAUUGUCUCACACACACACGACAUGCACACACACAAACACACACACGACAUGCAAGAGGGGACCUUUGUUUUCUGCUAUGACCCAUCUGGGGAACACAGGAGGACACACACAGAGUGGGCAGUCAUGCACAGCGCCCCGGGGAGCAGGUGUUAGGGCAGUAAGGUGCCUUGCUCAGGGGCACUUAGUCAGUGGGGUGGGGUAGGCACUUUGACAGUGUGGAACAGAUCCAGGUGUUGUCCGUCCAGCCUCUGAAAGAUGGCGAACAGGAAGUCGGCGUGUUGUGGUGUUUCGGUGCCGGUGGCCACGCUGGCCGUCCUCUUCAUCAUCAUGACGACAGUGUGUGUGGCGCUGAUAACAGUAGUGGUUAGCUCGAAAACGCACAAAGGUCUGACUCCUCCUCCUCAGAACCACUCGUAUCUGAUCGGCGUGGGUCGAGCCGACUGCACCGGGCCACCAGCAGAGGUCCCUCUGAUGGGCUAUGCAAACACGAAGCAGUUGGCUGCAGGUAUACACACUCGUCUGUACAGCAGAGCCUUCAUCAUCGACGAUGGGAGAAGAAGAGUCGUGUUCGUUACAGCAGACGUAGGAAUGAUAUCACAGAGACUACGUCUGGAGGUGUUGUCAGCCCUGCAGGUGAAGUUCGGGGAUGUGUAUCGUCAGGAGAACGUUGUUCUCAGUGGAACUCACACUCACUCUGGACCUGGAGGAUAUUUCCAGUACACGCUCUUCAUGGUCAGCAGCAAAGGUUUCAUCCGCUCGUCCACCGCGCCGCUCGUCAACGGCAUCGUCAAGAGUAUAGACAUAGCCCAUCGUAACAUGAAGCCGGGCCGCAUCUACAGGAACCGAGGAGAACUGGACCACAGCAGCCUGAACAGAAGUCCACACUCGUAUCUGAACAACCCCGAGGACGAGAGACACAGGUACAAGUCAAACACAGAUAAACAGGUGGUGGUUCUGAAGUUCACUGAUCUGGACGGAGACGGGAUUGGAAUGCUCAGCUGGUUCUCCGUCCACGCCGUCAGCAUGAACUACACCAACCGCAUGGUGAGCAGCGACAACAUGGGCUACGCCUCCUACCUGCUGGAGCAGGACAAGAACCCCGGAGAGCUACCUGGUCAGGGUGGCUUCGUCGCUGGUUUCUCAUCCAGUAACCUCGGUGACGUCACUCCCAACGUGAGAGGACCUUACUGUGUGAACACUGGACUGUCCUGUGACUACCUGAAUGCCUCGUGUCCUGUAGGAGGGACGAAGAUGUGUCAGGCCUUUGGACCUGGAAACGACAUGUUCGACAGCACGAGGAUCAUCGGACACAACAUCUACAGGAAGGCCAAGGAGCUGUACGCAAGCGCAGUCGAGGAGGUGACUGGUUUUCUUCACUCUGCUCAUCAGUGGGUCAACAUGACGGACGUCAGUGUUCAUAUCAACAGCUCCCACACGGUCAGUACAUGUAAACCAGCUCUAGGUCACAGUUUUGCAGCAGGAACAACAGACGGAGGAGGAGACCUGAACUUUACUCAGGGUGCUGUGGAGGGCGACCCGUUCUGGGACGGCAUCAGAGACGCUCUCCUGAGUGAACCGUCCAAUAAGACGCAGGAAUGUCACCAUCCCAAACCAAUUCUGUUCAACACAGGGGAGAUGAACUGGCCUCUGCCGUGGCAUCCUCAGAUCAUCGACGUUCAGAUCAUCACCAUCGGAUCUGUCGCUGUGGUAGCUGUUCCUGGAGAGAUGACCACCAUGGCGGGUCGGAGGCUGAGAGACGCCGUCCAACAGGAGCUGCAGUCCGAGGGGACGUUCGAGGACACGGAGGUGGUGAUCGCCGGCCUCAGCAACGUCUACACUCACUACAUCACCACCUACGAAGAGUACCAGGUGCAGCGAUACGAAGGAGCCUCCACCAUCUACGGCCCGCACACGCUCACUGCCUACGUACACAAGUUCCAAGAGCUAGCCAGAGCCAUCGCACAAGACAAAGUGUCGGAGCUGCCGGUCGGACCUCAGCCUCCGUUGUUCACAAAGAAUCUGUUCAGUCUGCUGCCGCAGGCAGCUGCCGAUAAAACCCCCGUGAACAGCAGCUUCGGAGACGUCCUGCAGCAGGUUGACCCCUACUACAGACAGGGAGAUGUCGUCUCCGUCACGUUUGUAGCAGGAAACCCCCGACACUCCGGAGACAUCAGAGACAAGACCUUUGUCUCCGUGGAGAUCUACGACAACAGAACAGACAGCUGGGAGGUCGUACACACUGAUGCAUCAUGGGAGACGAGGUUCCAUUGGCUCAAAGGGUCAAAGGGGCAGAGUAACACCACAGUGGAAUGGUUCGUCCCUCCAUCGGCCCCUGGUGGCUGCUACAGGAUCAAACACUUCGGACACUACAAGCAGAUGAAAGGCCUGCGACCCGUCAUCACGCCGUACGAAGGCACGUCCGACGUCUUCAGAGUCUCCCCCAGCUUCUACUACCAGUGACAUCAUCAGUCCUGACCAUACUACCAGUGACAUCAUCAGUCCUGACCACGAGGACCCUUUGUUCAAAUAGGUUUUAAAACUUCAAUUUAAAUUCCUGCAUCUUGGGAAUAAUAAACUGUAAAUCAUCAAUCAUUACACUUAUAAAAAAGUUCAAACAUUCUUCAAUAGAAUAAUCAUUUAAUUAACUCCUGUUAUUAGCAAAAAUAUUUAUUGUGAUUUGUAUAGAAAUAUAUCGAGCAAACCAGAGUUCCAGAACACAGGGAGGACUUUACCAUCACAGCAGGAGUCCAUGUUGGACCUGGUGACCUCUGCAGUCCUCACCGUGGAGCUUCUGGAGAAAUCCCUUCUCUCUACAACUAAAUGCUUUUUUCUUUUGGAAGGUGACUGUUUAUGUAAUAAUGAAGUUAGGUCGAGAAAUGGAUCCAACACGAUCUUUAUCCACUGGGCAGUUUGUAAUUGAAUUUAGGUGUUCGUCCUUUUCUUGUAACUUCAGUGGAUUCUUCACAGGAUUAUUUACCUGCAGCUUUUCUCUGAUAAUGUUAAUGCAAAUAUCUUAAAAUGAUGGAAUCAAUGUGAAACACAACAAUGAUCUGUAAACAGGAACUGAAUACUAACACAAAAUACAAAAUAAAUUCUCUUAACAAAG